GUCAGAUGUCUGAUGGCAUCUGUUGGCAUCUGAUAGGAAGGGGAAAUCGUUGAGGCAUGUUUCUUUUGCCAGAGAAGAUGAUUUUUUUCUGUAUUCAGAGAUAAUGGAUGAGUUUUCGGCGAUGUCAGAUGACAUAACAUGAUACCAUCUGUGCCGCGCCUCCAUAUUAAAAAAAUCCCCUACAAUUCCAGCCUUGGGUGGUGCUACUUUCAGGUACAGCGUGGGCCCGGAUCCGGGGCCCCUCCUACUCCGGGUAUAGAGUCUGAGCUGAGCUGAGGGAAGAGCCCAGUAAUCACUCUGGCGCUGGAAGAGGCAGCAGCGCGCGGAUAUGAUGUAAAGUGACCCACGCCGUUCUCACACCGUGAUGAACGAAUCCGUGGCAGACCUCGGGCAUGCGGACGCGCCUGUCUUACAGGGACUGUGGGAGAGCGUGAGAGCCGGGCAGCAGCAGAUCCUGCUCUCCCCGUACCUGGCCGCGUCCUUCGCCUUCCUCACGCACCUCGCGCUCUGCGCACCUUUCCUCGUGCUGGACGCGCUGGGAGGCGUGUGUCAGCGCGUCCGCUCGUGGAGGAUAGCGGCGGGCUCGGGCCCUCCGCCGUCCCUCUGGAAGUGGUACGAGUGCUUUUGGAGGGUCCUCUUCAAGUACAUCACGGCGGUGCUGCCCGCCACGGCGCUCUUCCAGCUGCUGCGCAGCUCGAGCCUACCGGAGCUGGCCCCGUCCUGCUGGCAGCUGUCUGUGGAGGUGGUCGCGUGCUUCCUGCUCUUCGACACAUUAUUCUUUAUAUGGCACUACUGUAUGCACAGGGUUCCCUGGCUGUAUCGUGCCGUCCACCAGAUGCACCACCAGCACCACGUUCCCUUUGCGUUGGCGGCGCAGGACGCCAGCUCGGCUGAACUGCUGUCGCUCCUGCUGCUGGCCCUGGGCAGCGCCUGGAUGCUGGGCUGCCACCCACUCAGCGAAGCCCUCUUCCACUUCCUCAACAGCUGGCUGGCGGUGGAGGACCACUGUGGAUACAACCUGCCAUGGGCGUUGCACAGAAUACUUCCCUGCAUGGGAGGAGCCCCCUUCCACCAAACACAUCACAAGAAGCAGAGUAAAAACUUUGCCCCCUACUUCACACACUGGGAUCAUCUCUUUGGGACAUACAUAGAGCCACGUUCCUAUUUCAGGAAGAGACACGACAGGACGGUCAUGAAGUGAAUGGUGAAUUUGCCAUAUACCUGUUUGUGUGUGCGUGUGUGCGUGCGUGUGUAUGUGGGGAGGGGUGUUAUCAUUGUGUACUCAUAUGAAGGCAUGUUUCUUUUGGCUUGGGAAGACUGACAUACAACAUCUCUUAAGAUGAAUAAAUGCAGCUAAACAUUUCCUGAACAUCACCAAUAUUUUUAAAUGGUUCUUUUGACACAGUAGAUAAGUACACAGGAUCUGUACAUAUGUAUUUAUGAAGAGAGAGAAAAUCCGAAAUAUAUUAUUGUAAUCAUCUGCAGCUAAAAGUUCAAACCCAUCAGUGUUUUUUUUUUACCUACCUCUGCUCUCAGUACCUCUUGUCUUUUAAAAUUCAAUCACGUGGUUCAAAUGUUUACUAUGAAAUGGGACAUCAUUCACCAAAAUGUGUUCAUUUUAGAUUAACAGACAUCUUGUGUUGUUCACCAUGCAGCUAGUAUCAGCUUUUUUCCUCCUGCAUGUUUAUUCACUUUCUGCCAAAUUUGUAUGGAUGUAAAAAAGUGUCAAAAAUGCUGUUUUUUAUUUUGUAUUUUCACAAAAUGAAUAAAAGUUUUGUAGAUCUCUGACUGUAAUCUAAA